AUGGCGAGCGUGUCAAGAUUCUCAUUGCCAUUGCGGCGACUGAAAUGCUCUCCCGCCACCCUUCAGAAACAAAGUCGUUUACGGCCUGCAGCUCAAGUACGAUGGGCGACAGCUACAACAGAACCUCACCAGGCGGACAAGAGUGGUGGGACGAAAGAAGCCCCAGCGCCUGCGAAGGCCGUCAAAUUCACCUCAGAGUCAUAUCCAGAGCUUAAACGAGACUCGAAGUACUCUCAAAUCACCCCCGAACAUGUCAAAUUCUUUCAGGACCUUCUCGGGUCAGGGUCCGCCGUUAUAGAUGGCCUCUCUACAGAUGCAACGGAUGAUAUUGAGCCAUUCAAUAGUGACUGGAUGCGCAAAUACCGCGGUCACUCUAAGGUGGUCCUCAAACCAGGAUCCACCGAGGAAGUCAGUAAAAUACUCAAAUAUUGCAAUGAUAAUAUGCUGGCUGUCGUGCCCCAAGGAGGCAACACUGGCCUCGUAGGAGGGUCCGUCCCAGUGUUUGACGAGAUUGUUAUAAACCUACAGCGCAUGACCAAUAUUCGAUCAUUCGAUGAGGUAUCUGGAAUAUUGGUCGCCGAAGCCGGGGUUGUUUUGGAGAUCGCGGAUAGCUUUCUUGCUGAGAAGAACCAUAUAUUCCCCCUGGACCUAGGCGCAAAAGGAUCCUGUCAAAUCGGAGGGAACGUGGCAACCAAUGCAGGAGGGCUUCGGCUGCUGCGCUAUGGCAGUCUCCAUGGAAACGUUCUAGGCAUUGAGGCGGUCCUGCCGGACGGCACCAUUGUGGACGACCUAAUAAAGCUACGGAAGAACAACACCGGUUACGAUAUCAAGCAGCUCUUUAUCGGAGGCGAAGGAACUAUUGGCAUAAUCACUGCAAUAUCCAUUCUGUGUCCCCAGAGGUCCUCGGCUCUUAAUGUGGCUUACUUCGGCCUCGAGAGUUAUGAAAAAUGUCAACAAGCAUUUCGUGAAGCAAAGACUCAGCUUUCCGAGAUUCUGUCCGCAUUUGAGCUCAUGGACGGCCGAAGCCAGAAGCUACUAAACAGAGCAACUGGUAGGAAAUUGCCACUGGAAGGAGAACAUCCAUUCUAUUGCUUGAUUGAAACAAGCGGUUCAAAUAGCGACCAUGAUUCCGAGAAACUAUCAAAUUUCCUCGAACAUGUCAUGGAGUCAGAGAUUGUAUCCGACGGCGUAUUAGCGCAAGAUCAGACGCAAAUCCGGGACCUCUGGUCCUGUCGCGAAGGCAUUCCCGAGUGCCUCGGUCACUGGGGAGGCGUGUACAAAUACGACUUGUCAAUUCCCAUCUCUUCGAUGUAUGAUAUUGUCAAUGACGUCCGCGAUCGAAUGACGGAAGCCGGUCUCACUGGAGACGACGAUGCGCAUCCCGUUGUCGAUGUAGUCGGGUACGGGCACAUGGGGGACUCAAACGUACAUUUGAAUAUACCCGUACGACGAUAUGACAAGAAAGUCGAAAAAGCACUGGAGCCAUUCGUAUAUGAAUGGGUACAAGGAAAGAACGGAAGUAUCAGCGCAGAGCACGGACUUGGCAUUCAAAAGAAGCCUUAUAUAGGUUACAGCCGCAGCGACACAAUGGUCAAACUCAUGAAGCAGAUCAAAGAUCUCUAUGACCCGAAUGGGAUCAUGAACCCUUACAAAUACCUAUAA